AUGGUUUACGGUACGGUGCUAUGCAGCAUGAUACUCUAUAGCUGGUGCUUGAUGUCGGCUGGCUUAGAAUACGAGCGCCAAUCUGUCUUUUGCGGUCUUUCCACAAAUUUAUCUUUCAUUGGAUAUGAUCUCGCUGAGAUGCAUUUCUAUUUCACAUUUAUUGAUACGAUAAUUUGUACGGUGGUGCCAUCGCUGCUGAUUACUGUAGUCAAUAGUUUGGCUGUGUAUCGAUAUCGACAGUGCAUGCGAAUUUAUUCAUCCGGGGUUUUGCGGGUUCGAUUCCUGAAAGAUCGCGAUACUCCGGACCCACAUCUCGAGGAAGAUACGACAAAUGCGAAAAAGUUUCUGCUGAGUCAGCAAAGCCAAACAAAUCAGCUUAGCGCUAAAUCAACUCGAAGUUCUGCAAGCGGUAAACUGCGCUCCUCCGAUCUUCAGCUUAGUCGAUCACUUUUGAUUGUUACGAGGUAA